UUUGGAUUCCUUUUAUUUUUUUUUUUCUUUGGUUGCUGUGGCUAAAACUUCCUAAACUAUGUUGAAUAAUAGUGAUGAGAGUGGGCAACCUUGUCUUGCGCCUGAUCUUAGCGGAAAUGGUUUCAGUUUUUCACCUUUGAGAACAAUGUUGGCUGUGGGUUUGUCAUAUAUGGCCUUUAUUGUGUUGAGGUAGGUUCCCUUUGUGCCUACUUUCUGGAGAGUUUUUAUCAUAAAUGGGUAUUGAGUUUUGUCAAACGCUUUUUCUGCAUCUAUUGAGAUUAUCAUAUGGUUUUUAUCCUUCAGUUUGUUAACAUGGUGUAUCACAUUGAUUGAUUUGUGUAUAUUGAAGAAUCCUUGCAUUCCUGGGAUAAAUCCCACUUGAUCAUGGUGUGUGAUCCUUUUAAUGUGCUGUUGGAUUCUGUUUGCUAGUAUUUUGUUGAGGAUUUUUGCAUCUAUGUUUAUCAGUGAUAUUGGCCUGUAGUUUUCUUUUUUUGUGACAUCUUUGUCUGGUUUUGGUAUCAGGGUGAUAGUGACCUCAUAGAAUGGGUUUGGGAGUGUUCCUCCCUCUGCUAUAUUUUAGAAGAGUUUGAGAAGAAUAGGUGUUAGCUUUUCUCUAAGUGUUUGAUAGAAUUCGCUUUUGAAGCCAUCUGGUCCUGGGCUUUUGUUUGUUGGAAGAUUUUUAAUCACAGGUUCAAUUUCAGUGCUUGUGAUUGGUCUGUUUAUAUUUUCUAUUUCUUCCUGGUUCAGUCUCAGAAGUUUGUGCAUUGCUAAGAAUUUGUCCAUUUCUUCCAGGUUGUCCAUUUUAUUGGCAUAUAGUUGCUUGUAGUAAUCUCUCAUGAUCCUUUGUAUUUCUGCAGUGUCAGUGGUUACUUCUCCUUUUUCAUUUCUAGUUCUGUUGAUUUCAGUCUUCCUUUUUUUCUUGAUGAGUCUGGCUAAUGGUUUAUCAAUUUUGUUUAUCUUCUCAAAGAACCAGCUUUUAGUUUUAUGGAUCUUUGCUAUUGUUUCCUUCAUUUCUUUUUCAUUUAUUUCUGAUCUUUAUUAUUUCUUUCCUUCUGCCAACUUUGGGGGGUUUUUGUUCUUCUUUUUCUAAUUGCUUUAGGUGUAAGGUUAGGUUGGUUGUUUGAGAUGUUUCUUGUUUCUUAAGGUAAGAUUGUGUUGCUGUAAACUUCCCACUUAGAACUGCUUUUGCUGCAUCCCAUAGGUUUUGGGUCGUCGUGUUUUAAUUGUCAUUAGUUUCUAGGUAUUUUUUAAUUUCUUCUUUGAUUUCUUCAGUGAUCUCUUGGUUAUUUAGUAAUGUAUUGUUUAGCCUCCAUGUGUUUGUAUUUUUUUAGUUUUUUUUCCUGUAAUUAUUAUUUAGUAUCAGAGCGAGUGUUGUCGUCAGAAAAGAUACUUGAUACGAUUUCAAUUCUGUUAAAUUUACCAAGGCUUGAUUUGUGACCCAAGAUACGGUCUACCCUGGAGAAUGUUCCAUGAGCACUUGAGAAGAAAGUGUAUUCUGUUGUUUUUGGUUGGAAUGUCCUAUAAGUAUCAGUUAAGUCCAUCUUGUUUAAUGUGUUAUCUAAAGCUUGUGUUUGCUUAUUUAUUUUCAUUUUGGAUGAUCUGUCCAUUGGUGAAAGUGGGGUGUUGAAGUCCCCUACUAUUAUUGUGUUACUGUCAAUUUCCCCUUUUAUGGCUGUUAGCAUUUGCCUUAUGUAUUGAGGUGCUCCUAUAUUGGGUGCAUAAAUAUUUAUAAUUGUUAUGUUUUCUUCUUGGAUUGAUCCCUUGAUCAUUAUGUAGUGUCCUUAUCUCUUGUAACAGUCUUUAUUUUAUUUUAUUUUUAUUUUUUAUUAUUAUUAUUUUUUUGCGGGAUGCGGGCCUCUCACUGUUGUGGCCUCUCCUGUUGCGGAGCACAGGCUCCAGAUGCACACGCUCAGCAGCCAUGGCUCACGGGCCCAGCUGCUCCGCAGCAUGUGGGAUCUUCCCAGACCAGGGCACGAACCCGUGUCCCCUGCAUCGGUAGGCAGACUCUCAACCAUGCACCACCAGGGAAGCCCUGUAUUUAAUUUUUGAUAGUUUGAUUAGUAUGUGUUUCAGCAUGUUUCUCUUUGGGUUUAUCUUAUAUGGGACUCUCUAUGCUUCCUGGACUUGGGUGACUGUUUCUUUUCCGAUGUUUGGGAAGUUUUCGACUGUAAUCUCUUCAAAUAUUUUCUCAGAACCUUUCUUUUUCUCUUCUUCUUCUGGGAUCCCUAUAUUUCGAAUGUUUGUGAAUUUAAUGUUGUCCCAGAGAUCUCUGAGACUCUCCUCAAUUCUUUUCAUUCUUUUUUCUUUUUUGUGCUCCCUGGCAGUUAUUUCCACCAUUUUAUCUUCCAGCUCACUUAUCUGUUCUUCUGCCUCAUUUAUUCUCUUACUCAUUCCUUCUAGAGUAUUUUUAAUUUCAGUAAUUGUGUUUUUCAUUACUGUUUGUUUGCUCUUUACUUCUUCUAGAUCCUUGUUAAAUGUUUCUUGUAUUUUCUCCAUUGUGUUUCUGAGAUUUUGGAUCAUCUUUACUAUCAUCACUCUGAAUUCAUUUUCAGAUACAGCUUUCCCCAUCACUUUGCAUCUAUAUUUUGGUUUGUGCCUUAUCACCAGUAGAUCAAGGAGAAGGGUUAAAUACUUUAAGAUGAGAAACAUUGAUGUUUGUUUGAGCUCUGAAGGGACUGAAGUGAUUUUAGCUACAUCAAGUGAUGAAAAACACCCACCUGAAAAUAUAAUUGAUGGAAAUCCAGAAACAUUUUGGACCACCACAGGAAUGUUUCCCCAAGAGUUCAUUAUUUGUUUUCACAAACAUGUAAGGAUUGAAAGGCUUUUAAUCCAGAGUUACUUUGUACGGACCUUGAGGAUUGAAAAGAGCACUUCUAAAGAGCCAGUUGAUUUUGAGCAGUGGAUUGAAAGAGAUCUGGUACAUACAGAGGGGCAGCUUCAAAAUGAAGAAAUUAUGGAAUUUGGUUCAUCAGACAGCAGUGACGGCCACCGUGUAGGUCAUAAGAAAGCUUUUGCUUCGGUAUACAGCUUAAUCAAGGACGUGACUAUACAUGAAAACAACUGAUAAUACAUUGUGUCCCCACAGUAUCUAACAUAGUACCCUUCAGAUAUCAGUGCAUUAAUUUUUAAAUUUAUUGAUUGAUUGAUGCAAAGGGCUAAGGGAGCAAUAUGGAAAAUAAACAAUGUACGAGUUCAAAAAAGAGAAAGUAUUUAUGGGAUGGUUUCUUUGAGGUCAUGGAACUUGAACUGGGCCCUGUAGGACAAAUCAUUUUAUUUUUUUCUCUUUAUUUUAUUUUGUUUUGAUUUCAAGACCUCAGAGAAGAGUUAGGAAACAUAUAAUCUUACUUCCCAGAGACAACCAUUAUUGAUAUUAUUUGAUUUUCUUUAUAUUUUGGGAAGGAAAGGAACAGGAUAGGACAGAUUCGGGUGGGGAUACAAGACUUCUCUGAACAUAUUAUACAACUUGAAUUUGAAAACAUAAAUAAAUAAUAUAGCCAAAAGUUAAAGAGCAAUUCCAAAAUGUUGAAAACAACAGAAAUGCAUGAACCUAACUCUGUUACAAUUGAUAAACCCACAGGAAAAAAAAAAUGGCAUUAGAAUAUAGUAUUUUAUCUAUGCAGUCUAUGUUAGUCUCUUUUUUUUUUUUAUUUUUUUUAUUUUUGACUGUGUUGGGUCCUCGUUUCUGUGCGAGGGCGUUCUCUAGUUGCGGCAAGUGGGGGCCACUCUUAAUCGCGGUGCGCGGGUAUGUUAGUUUCUUACAGCUGCUAUAAUAAAGUACCACAAACUUGGUAGCUUAAAACAAUAGAAAUCUAUUCUCUCAGUUCUGGAGGUUAGAAGUUGGAAAUCAAGGUAUUGGCAGGGUUUGUUCCUAUCAGAGUUCUGAGGGAGAAUGGGUUCCAUGCAUUUCUUUUAGCUUCUGGUGUUUCUGGCAGUCCUUGGCAUUCAGUGACUUGUGGCACCAUAGCCCCAGUUUCUGCCUCCAUCGUCAUAUGGCAUUCUUUCUGUGUUUCUCCACAUCAUCUUCCCUCAAUGCAUAUUCUGUCUUCUCCUCUUCUUAUAAGGACACUGUCAUAUUGAAUUAAAGGUACACCCUACUCCAGUAUUAUCUCAUCAACUAAUUACAUCUGCAAUGAUCCUGUUUCCAAGUAAGUUUGCAUUCACAGGUACCAGGGGUUAAGAUUUCAUCAUAUCUUUUGGGAGAUGCAGUUCAAGCCACAACACCGUCUUAGUGAAAUAUAUAUGUGAUAGUUAAUUUUAUGUAUCAUAUGGACUGGGUCACAGUGCCCAGAUAUUUGUUCAGACACUAUUCUGGAUGUUUCUGUGUAGGUAUCUUUGAGAUGACAGUAACAUUGGUGGACAUUGAGUAAAGCAGACUGCCCUCCAUAAUGUGGGUGAGCCUUAUCCAUCAGUUGAAGACCUUAGUAGAACAAAGACUGACCUCCCCUGGGCAAGAAAGAAUUCUGCCAGCAGAUGGGCCUUCAGACUUGUAUUGCAACAUCAGCUCUUCCCUGGGUCACUGACCAACCCUACAAAUUUUGGAUUUGCCAGCUUUCUUGUUAUCACAUGAUACUUUCUUACCAGUCUCAGCAUUCUAAAAAAGUAGCAAAAGAGGGACAGCCACAAAGUGCCAACACUUUGAGUCUCUGCUUGUAUCAUAUUUGCUAUUGUCCUGUUUCCCAAAUCAUGUUAUGUGGCCAAGCCCAGAGUCAGAACAAGAGGGGUCUACCCAAGGGAAUGGAUAUAAGGAGGUGUGACUAAAUUGGGAGUGGGGAGGAAGUGGUAGCCACUACUGCUAGAAUCUACUACAAUUAAACAUGGUGCCUCCUGAUAUGAUGCAAUAUGAAGCAUAUAGACCAACCUAUGAAGUGCUCUUGCCAAAAUUACUGAGCCUGAAUCAAAUCAAGUUCUAGAGUUACCUUUCACUUUCAGGAAGUUCAAGAGAGAGAGGAACAAGUAAAAUGACACCACAAGGAAGCAAAUAGACUUGUAGCCAUUAAUGCAGCUCAGUGAAAUGCCCAGAUCUGUGCCUUCUCUGCCCAUGGUAAGAUAUACUUCCUGGCCUUCUUUGGGUAGGGCCAUGAGACCAAUUCUGGCCAAUGAGAUGAAGGGUAGUUGAAUUCCAGGCUGAGCAUUUAAUUGCCUUCAAGAGACCCUUCAAAACUCGUUUCUCUCUCCCACAAUGACCAGCAAUGUUAUUCUCCACAGUAACUACUUCAUCAUUCUAGGUCUGGGAGUGAGACUGAUGAUAACAGGUAGCAGAGGUCCCAGUCAAUCUGAGGUACACAUAGAAGGAGAAAUAAAGCUUCAUUGUUUUUUUUUGUUUUGUGUGUGUGUGUGUUUUGGCCGUGUGCGGGAUCUUAGUUCCCCAACCAGGGAUCAAACCUGGGCCCCCUGCAGUGGAAGUGCAGAGUCCUAAUCACUGGACCACUGGGGAAUUCCCAAGUCACUGAUACUUUGGAGCUGCUUGUUACCCCAGCAUAACCUGGCCUAUCCUGGCUGAUAUACAGACAAAUCUAGAAUAUGGCUUAUCCUACAGGACAAGUGACCUGGUUUCUUCAACAAGUCAGUGGCAUGAAAAAUGCUAAUUAAUUAAGGAAGGGGAUCCACUCUAGAUUCAGAGAGAUGUAAGAGCCCCAAAAAGCACAUGCUAUGUGUGGAUUUUAUUUGGAUGCUGGUUUGAGCAAACCAACCAAAAAAAACAUUUUAAAGAUAAUUGGGGAAAUCUGCUUAUGGACUGGGUUUUAUUGUUCAUUUUGCUAGGUGUGAUACUGGCAUUAAGCUUAUCUAAGAAAAGGCCCAUAUUUUUCAGAGAUGCAUUUAGAAGUAUGUAGGGUAAAAUAACAUGGUAUUUGGGAUUUGCUUUAAAAUACUUGAACAUAUUUUUUUUAAAGGAAAAAGUGUUCGUUGAAGUAAAUAUAACAAUAAAUUGUUGGACCCAGGUUAUGGAUAUAUGGGGCUUCAUUGUACUAGUCUUUCUACUUUAAUGUAUGCUUGAAAUUCUUCAUAAUAGACAAAUAACAAUAAAUAAUGCUACAGAGGAUAUCUCUGUGCAUAAAUCUUUGCCUACCCCUCAGAUGAUUUUUUUUUUUUUUUUUUUUUUUGGCCAUGCUGCGGCAUGUGGGAUCUUAGUUCCCCAACCAGGGAUCGAACCCAUGCCCCCUGCAAUGGAAGCACAGAGCCUUAACCACUGAACCACCAGGGAAGUCCCACCGAUCAUUUUUUUAGAAGAGAUUCCCAGAAGGGAAUUAGACAAAAUUAGGAACAGUUUUAAGGCUUUUGAUACUUUCUGAUAAUUUGCUUAACAAGAUUUGUUGCACAGAUUUACUUACUCUCAGAACUGUAAGUUUUAAAUAAAUGGAGGAGAGUAGAAAAGCUACUUCAAGAGUAACGGUGCCAUCAAAGAUAUGAAGGUGAGUACUCUCAUAAAACAUAUUUAGGGAGUGAUGAAUACAUACGUCUGACUAGGGCAAAGGAGAAGACUAAAACCAGACAUUGCAGCCAGAUCAGAAAGAGCCUUUAAUGCUUUCAGAUAUUUUCCCAUAACACUGGAGCCAUUUAAGGUUUUUGAAAAGGAAGGUGACUUAGAGCAAUUGUGUUCAUGUUCAAUAAAAUCAAACACUGAGGAUUUUCCUUUCGCCAUCUUCCUAAACUGGAAUGUCAGUAAUUCUUUGUUUAAGA